GGGGACGCGGUGACGUUGCAUCCUUCCAGUUGCUCACCUCCUCCCUCUUUCGCUCUGGUGAGUCUCAAGUCUCAGACUUCAUAACUCCUUUUACGACACUGAGUCUCUGAGACAGUCUCGGCGCCAGGUCCACUUUUCGGCAAAGUGACGUGGACGUCAACAGCAAUGGCGGAAGGAGAAGAGCUUCUGCCACUGUCAACGUCGGGCGGGGACAGCUGGGAAAAAGAUCUUGAAGAAGCCCUUCAAACAGGAGGUUGUGAUCUUGAAACUUUGAGAAAUAUAAUUCAAGGGAGACCACUGCCUGCUGAACUGAGGGCCAAGGUUUGGAAGAUUGCUCUGAACGUUGCAGGAAAAGGUGAUAGUUUGGCAUCAUGGGAUGGUAUUUUAGACUUGCCUGAGCAGAACACUAUUCAUAAAGAUUGCCUUGAGUUUAUCGAGCAGCUCUCAGUGCCAGAGGAGAAGGCAGCAGAAUUACUCCUGGAUAUUGAAUCUGUAAUUACUUUUUACUGUAAAUCACGCAGCGUUAAAUACAGCACCUCCCUGAGCUGGACUCAUCUACUGAAACCACUGGUCUGUCUCCAGCUGCCUCGCAGCGACCUCUACAACUGCUUCUAUGCCAUCAUGAAUAAGUACAUUCCCAGGGAUUGUUCCCUGAAGGGGAGGCCAUUUCAUCUCUUCCGGCUGCUCAUCCAGUACCAUGAGCCUGAGCUCUGUUCUUUUCUUGAUACAAAGAAAAUCACUCCAGACUCCUAUGCACUCAACUGGCUUGGGAGCCUCUUUGCACAUUACUGUUCGACUGAAGUCACCCAGGCGAUAUGGGACGGAUAUUUACAGCAAGCGGAUCCAUUUUUUAUUUAUUUCUUAAUGUUAAUUAUCCUUGUUAAUACAAAAGAAUUUAUUUUAGCACAAGAGUCUGACAGCAAAGAAGAAGUUAUCCACUUUUUGGAAAGUACUCCAUCCAGCUUGAAUCUGGAAGAUAUAGAAGACCUUUUCUCUUUGGCUCAGUAUUACUGUAGUAAAACGCCAGCUUCUUUUAGGAAGGAUAAUCACCAUCUCUUUGGUAGUACUCUGUUGGGAAUCAAGGACGACGAGGCAGAUCUGAGCCAGGCUCUGUGUCUGGCUGUUUCAGUAUCAGAGAUCCUUCAAGCAAAUCAGCUGCAAGGGGAAGGAGUCCGGUUCUUUGUGGUGGACUGCCGUCCCGCAGAGCAGUACAAUGCUGGUCAUUUGUCCACUGCGUUCCACUUAGACUCAGACUUGAUGCUCCAGAAUCCAUCCGAGUUUGCACAGUCAGUAAAGUCCUUGCUAGAAGCACAGAAGCAGUCCAUUGAGUCUGGAUCCAUAGCUGGCGGGGAGCACCUCUGUUUUAUGGGCAGUGGCAGAGAGGAGGAAGACAUGUAUAUGAACAUGGUCCUCGCACACUUCCUGCAGAAAAACAAAGAGUAUGUUAGCAUUGCCAGCGGAGGAUUUAUGGCCCUACAGCAGCACCUGGCAGACAUAAAUGUGGAAGGACCAGAGAGUGGAUACGGCCACUGGAUUGCCAGUACCUCUGGGUCAAGGAGCAGCAUCAGCUCUGUCGAUGGUGAAUCUUGUAAUGGCUCAAAUGAUAGAGGGAUGAAGUCCCUUGUAAAUAAAAUGACUGUGGCUCUCAAGACAAAAUCUGUUAAUGUCAGGGAGAAGGUCAUCAGCUUCAUUGAGAACACGUCAACUCCUGUGGACCGGCACGUGAGCAGCAGUGACCGAGUGGGCAAGCCUUACCGUGGAGUGAAGCCUGUGUUCAGCAUUGGUGAUGAAGAGGAGUACGACACAGAUGAAAUUGACAGCUCUUCCAUGUCAGAUGAUGAUAGAAAAGAAGUAGUGAACAUCCAGACCUGGAUCAACAAGCCGGAUAUCAAGCACCACUUCCCCUGUAAAGAAGUAAAAGAAAGUGGACAUAUGUUUCCUAGUCAUCUGUUGGUUACCGCAACACAUAUGUACUGCUUAAGGGAGAUUCUUUCGAGGAAAGGACUGGCUUACAUCCAGUCUCGACAAGCACUAAAUUCUGUAGUUAAAAUUACGUCCAAAAAAAAACAUCCCGAGCUAAUUACCUUCAAGUAUGGAAACAGCAGUGCUUCCGGGAUAGAAAUCUUGGCUAUCGAAAGGUAUUUGAUUCCAAAUGCAGGAGAUGCCACCAGAGCCAUAAAACAGCAGAUCAUGAAAGUGUUGGAUGCUUUGGAAAGUUAAUGUAAAAGGAAGUUAUUUAAGUGAAAUUAAGGCAACGAAGAGAAACAUGAAAAUAUAUUUCCUGACUCAAUACUAACCAGUGACCUUUGAUUUGCUCAUGGGGUGCCUGAGUAGAGGGUCUAAAUGCAAAUUAUUGUAAUCAAUCUCGGGAUGGGUACACUUUUUAAAAAAUUUCUUUUGCAUCUUUGGUUUUAUAUAAUGAUUGAUUAUAAAGGUCAGUUAUUAAAUGACUUUGAAGUAACUGGCCUUGUGCCCUAUGGAUCAAGGGCACAGAAUGCAGUUCUGUUUUGAAGAGCUGUUUUAAAGGACAUGCAUCAUUUCCAGGUCUUAAAACAACUGUACACAUACAUAUUUGCAAUGUCUUCACUGAAAUUUAGGGGUAGAAUUAGUUGAAGAGAUUUAAUUGCUACAUUGAGUUUACUACAAUGAGCAUUAUCUGAAAUAAAUGGUUAGACUAAUAAUUAGCUCACUGUUUCUGGUCUUUAAAAGAUUGAAGUCUAUUUGAUGGAAUGGAUGGAAAUCAUAGCAACUCAGAAUACAGCCUGUAGUGAGACACUGAAGCAUCAGCUUCACCCCGUCUUCUUUCUCUCCAGUAGGUAAUUAUUCAGAGACUAAUUGCCUCAGAGAUAGUAAGCCUCAUCCCAGAGGUUGCUAAGGAACAGUUAGCAGCAUUAGCAGUAAGUAGGCAUGUUAAGGUUAAAAUUAGCAUUUGGGGGACAGAAUUGUAUCUGUAAAAAUGUCAUUGGUCUUUAUAACAAAUGGUCAUUUGGUCUAGGCUGUCUCAGAAUGUUUUGAACACACUGAUUAUCCUCCUUGAAAUGAUCACCUGUGAUCACACUAAUGUCCAGUUUGAAACAAAGAUAAUCAGAGAGCUAUAGAAAUUUUUGGUUUUUUUAUCACUUUCUAAAAAUUUUCUUUUGGUUUUGUCUUCUCAGUAAAAUUUCAGUAGUUGAAACUUUUUUCAUUCUUAUAGUCUGAAAAAAACGGAAGUGGUCUGCUUUGUUUUGCAGUUUGCUCAGAUUAAUUUCUGUGGCCCAUAUUAGUUACUGUGCUGAGAGAUCCAGAACAUCUUUGGACCAUGGGAUGAUUUUUAUAAAAUCUGUUUGAAAAAUAGUAACUAUAACCUGCCAUGUCAUAAAAUGUAAUAGAUUUUCUCCAAGGGGUUGGUUGAUAGAAAUAUCUAGGUGACCCCACUAGUAGCCAGUGUUUUAAUUUGCUUAAGGGAAAUCAAGUGGAUAAAAGAUAACAUAAUUAAAAGAAUUCUAUUCUGAUAUCUAAAUAAAAACAAUGUGUUUGAGUGUUGAAGACAUUUGCAUGACAUCGCACCCUGUGCGAUACUUGAUAUUUAUAACUCUUACCCCAGACUGUUGUAUUCAUUUCUUCCAUUUUCUUGACUCCCUCUUUGAAAUGUCCUGAAGUCUCAUUUUUCAACCAUCUCAGCUAUGGGACUUUUUUUCAUAAUAUUAAUGAAAAAAUGUUUGUGUUACUGUUUAUAAAUUACAAUUGUAAAUAAACGGAUACAAGUUUGCUCAAAACUUGUGCUCUCGAGGC